UUGGUCUAUAAAAACUCGGAGCAUAAAGAAAGAAAGUGCCAGCAUAGAUCUAGGCUGACGCCAAAAGGCAGAGAGUAGAGAAAGAGAGAGGUGAAGCCAUGGAGUUGCAAUUGCUGUCUAUCAAGGUCAUGGUCACAGCUCUGCUUCUUGGAUUGCUUGGAGUGCUCGUACACCUGUUUGAAGCUUUAAUAUUGAAGCCUGAAAGGCUUCGUUCCAAGCUUGGAAAGCAGGGAAUCCAAGGUCCUCCACCAUCCAUCUUGCUUGGUAACAUCCGGGAAAUGAAGAAGAUUCAAUCGAAGGUGUCCAAGUUGUCAAGUGAAGGAGACCAAGUGAUUAUCCACAAUUGCUGUUCCACUGUGUUUCCGUUCUUGGACCAAUGGAGAAAACAGUACGGUUCAACAUUCAUGUUUUCACUUGGCAAUAUACAGAUUCUGCUCAUAAGCGAUCCUGAUGUGGUGAAAGAUAUAACCAUAUGCACUUCAUUGGAUUUAGGGAAGCCUUCCUAUCAACACAAGCAGAACGGUCCUCUGCUUGGCCAAGGAAUUUUAACUUCAAAUGGCGCAGUAUGGGCACAUCAAAGGAAAAUUCUUGCUCCUGAACUGUAUAUGGAGAAAGUCAAGGGUAUGAUGCACUUAAUGGCUCAGUCCUCAGUAACAGUAGUAGACUCAUGGAAUAGUAAGAUUGAUAGUGAAGGUGGAGUUGCAGACAUUAAGAUUGAUGAUUACAUGAGAAGCUUCUCUGGAGAUGUUAUCUCGAGAGCUUGUUUUGGGAGCAAUUACUCCAAAGGGGAAGAAAUUUUCUUAAAGCUUAGAGAUCUUAAAAAGGCCCUGUCCAAGAAAUUUUUCUCUACAGGGAUUCCUGGAAUAAGAUAUCUUCCAACCAAGGCCAACAGGGAAGGAUGGAAAUUGGAGAAAGAGAUACGUGCCCUAAUCUUGAAGGUAGUCAAGGAAAGAAAAGAAGCUAAAUCGGAGAAGGAUCUAUUACAAAUGAUCCUUGAAAGUGCUACAAGCAGUGAUUUAGGCCAAGAGGCAACAGAUUCCUUCAUUGUCGACAAUUGCAAGAACAUAUAUUUGGCAGGCUAUGAGACUACUGCUGUAUCGGCCACAUGGACCCUGAUGCUGUUGGCCUCAAAUCCAGAAUGGCAAGACAAGGCUCGUGCUGAGGUUCUUGAAAUUUGUGGGGGUGAAUUACCUGAUGCCACUAUGCUCCGCAAGAUGAAAACAUUGACAAUGGUGAUCAAUGAGUCACUGCGCCUAUACCCUCCAGUGCCGGUGGUGUCCAGGGAACUACUCGAGGACAUGAAAUUUGGAGAUAUCCAUGUGCCUAAAGGAGUUAGUAUUUGGACAUUGGUGGUGACACUUCACCAAGAUCCUAAUAUUUGGGGAACUGAUGCGGAUGAGUUCAACCCCGAGAGGUUUGCCGAUGGAGUCGCAGCAGCGUGCAAGCUUCCUCAUGUGUACAUGCCAUUUGGUGUUGGACCAAGAAUAUGUUUGGGCCAGAAUUUUGCCAUGGCAGAGCUCAAGAUACUUCUUGCUCUUAUUUUGUCUACCUUCAAAUUCUCUCUCUCACCAAAAUAUUUACACUCUCCAACUAUGAGGUUAGCCGUAGAGCCUGAACAUGGAGUGAAUCUCCUGCUUAAGAGGCUAUGAGUAUAUAUAUAUUUGAAUGUGGCUAUGAGCUAUAAAUCAGCUAGACAUAUUUGUUUUUUUCUUGUUAAAUCAAAUUAUGCAAUUAAUCCCUA